GGUUGAAGCCAAAAAAAGUAAUUUGGUAAAAUGACGGUUCUAAUAUUCAUCAAAAAUUUAAAUGUACAUCGUUGCCUAAACAAAUAUGACCACCCAGCUGUCCAACGGAUAAUUGUUCAAUUAAUCAAAUUUAAAUCACAAUAAAUAAGGAAGUUGAUAUAGGAUGCGAGAAAAUUACCAGUCACAGUAAAUAAAUGCUAUUCUGUCCUGUCCGGAUAGAACACGUACAGAUCCGUUCAAAAUAUAAUGUUUGGUUGCUUUGUAACACAGAGUGUUUACAAUUCUGGAAGAGUGCCUCAAUUCACAAUCAAAAAUGCGCAAUUCCAGUCAAUACAAGCAACGCAAGCAAAAGGAGGAACAAACCAACAUGGCUGCCGUCAAGACUAAGUACCAACAACAUAAAUGCAGUUCAGGAAGAAACACAGAAACUUAGUGAAGGCGUAAGAAAAAUAAAAACUGUAAUGAUAUACAAAUACUACCAACUCAAAUGGAAUCAAAAGACUAACAAUGUACAACUAAAGGGAUCAAAAGGAACAAACUGCAAGUGUAUAUAUGGAGGGAUUUUCACACACAAAAUAUUCAAAAUGAACGUUACAAUCAUUACCCGUGUUACUCCAGAUGAAUUAGACAUUUUUGAUGUAGUGACAGCCACCACUAGUCUUGGUAUAAUAUCACAUCUUCGGAGAAUUUAGGACCUGUGAGAUCCAACGCAAAUUUACCAGAUAACAUGAGAGAAACUUAAAACGAGUUUCACCAGAAAUCCAGUACUUGUCUGUUGAACAACUAGACAGCAAAAAGCUAGACAUGUACGAUUAUUUAAGUAUAUCUGACAAUUCAGACCUGAGUGGUUCAACUCAGACUGGUAAAUCAAAUCUGCUUAUUCCAAAAAACGUGAGGAAUCCAGCCCACCGAAUGCUGGCAUUUUAUUUGGUGAUAACUCUCAGUGUAACUUACUCUGUAUCUGUUUUACCCGAACGUUUUCCUUUUCCAAUGCACUACUUAUGUUAUAAUGUACAAGAUCAUGACCAAAAGUAUUGAGGAUCAGAGAGCUCACAAACGAAAGACAAUCAGGGAUUUCUAUAAAAUUUGUCGUACAAAUGACAUCACAAAAGAUGAACUUCCUCUUAACGACUUUCAGCUGUUUUGUGGAAACAGACCUAACACUCCAGAUAGUGGGGUUUCGGUUUACUCAUACACCG